AAGACAAAUUCAAAAUCGACAAAUGACAAUAUCACCCAACAACCACUUUCUAUCUCUUUGUUUGGCAUUUAUAUAAACUCCACUAAAUAAAAAUAAUUCUUCAACAAUUAAUCCAAAUUUAUCCCGAAUUCUCCUCCUCCACACAAUGCCUAACCUUAUUCCAUGGUAGUGACCUUUUUCACAAAACAAUGGGUAAAAAAGUAAAAUGGAGUUGGCCUUCGGCUCUCAUUGGAGCCACGGCCGCCACCGCGGCCACCACGUUUUUCUUUGUUCGGCCAAAAGUACCCAAUUUCCGAUUAGUUAGCCUCACGGCGUUACAACUAAAAUUCAAAAACUCGAAUAAUGAGGAGCAGUCUCAACUACUCUCUCAAGAGGAGCUUAAUAAAAAGUUCCCGCGGCUUAAUGCGGAUCUCAUCCUCACUAUACAUGUCAGCAACCCGAAUAUCCUCCCUGUCCGUUACUCCGCCACCUCACUCUCAAUCUACUACGACGGGUCGUUUUUGGGUUCGGCCCAUGUCCCAGCUGGAUCCCAGCCCCCCAACUCCUGCCAGUUGCUCCGCCUUCAGGCCCGCCUUAACGGCCAAGAGCUUGCCCAACAUGCAAAACGGUUCAUUGGAGAUGUGACUAAAAGGGAGAUGGUCAUUGAUGCUGAGGUGGACAUCUCUGGUUGGGCAAAGGUACUAAUUUGGGGUCCCAGUUUCAAAGUCCACGUGGAUAGUCGCAUAGUUAUUGAUCCUGUCAUGCUUGACGUCAUUGAUCAGGAAAAUGAGUCUCGUUUGCAAUUCUUUGUAUAGUACAGUUACUACUGUAGAUUUUAUCAUUUUAUUUGUAGACUUAUUUGGGCUGGACUAAAAAGUAAUGAUGUUCUUCUUGGGUCAUAGUGAAUUACCCAAAUUUUUGGCUGCAUAUGACUAUAUAGUUUCAGCCUUCUUUUUUUAGUGCAUUAUUAUGUUUUCUUUUUUUAAAAAAUAAAAUAUAAUAAAAAAAAUAACAAAUUUAAAUUUUUUAUUA